AUGCAUCAGCAAGGAGCCCUGACGCCACAGGAAGGAUUCCUGAGAUCUCCUAGGAGAAAAUACUGCGUGACCUUGACAGUCAACGUCGGACUUCGAAGAGAAGACAAGCGCCUCGGGAGAGGACCGUACCCAGAGGCCUCCUACGUGCCUUUCGCAGCGUGUCAUGCGGCAGAUAAGUUUUUCCAUGAAGCAGUCCAACCCCCGCUGCUGCAAGACCUGAUGAAGAGGAAAAUGUGUGAGCUAUGCAAACACUCUGCAAAUACCGUGGUCAAGAUGCUGCUGGCCAGAGUGGGCCUGGCCCUGCAAGCUGAGCUCUUUGCUGAAUCCUGCUGUCAUAGGCUCGUUUCCGCCUGUUCCAGGGACACGGUGUACUUCCUCGUCAGAGGUCUGGCAGCUUUGGCAGAGAGUCUGGUGGGGGUUGGGGAGGAAAGAAGGGACGCAGGCUACCCCUACGUGCCAGAGACCCUGCUCAUGUUCACAGCAACGCACAUGCUUUGCCCGAUGCAGCUGUCCUCCGAGCAAGCUGCCCUGGGGUUCCCGACUCUGCCCGGCGCCGCGGUCCACUCCACGUCCAAACUGGGCACUUACAAGUGCAUCCUGGAGCCGUGGAGGAAGCAGCAGUCCGAUGUAAUGCGCCUCCUUCUCCGGGUGCGCUGCGGAAGGUACCGCCGGCUCUCUGCGCUCCACAGGGCCCCACCCCCACCGGCCCCGUAAAGCGCACAGGCUGGGAUACACGGCCAAGGUUAUGUCAUAUAUCGGAUUCGUGUGCACCGUGGUCCUAAGGGUACGACCUACGGCAAGCCUGUGCAUCACGAUGUUAGCCAGCUCAAGUUUGCUCAAAGUCUUCAGUCUGUCGCCGAGGAGCGAGCCGGAUGCCACUGUGGGGCUUUGAGAGUCCUGAAUUCUUACUGGGUUGGUGAAGAUUCCACAUACAAAUUCUUAGAGGUUAUCCUCAUUGAUCCAUUCCAUAACGCUAUCAGAAGGAAUCCUGACACCCAAUGGAUCAUCAAACCAGUCCACAGGCACAGAGAGAUGCGAGGGCUGACAUCUGCAGGCCACAAGAGCCGUGGCCUUGGAAGGGGCCACCAGUCCCACCGCACUGUUGGUGGUUCUGGCCCUGCAGGGUGGAGAAGGCGCAGUACUCUCCAGCUCCACCGUUACCGCUAA